AUGAAGGACAACAUCCAUAGACCAGGUGAACAUUUAUUCCAUCGUACCUCCCUGCCCUCCCCCUCACAGGUCACCAUGGCCGUCUUUCGCCUGGGCUUCGUCUCCGUCUACCUUUCCGCUCCCAUGCUGGACGGUUCCGCCACAGGAGCGUCUGUCAUCAUCACCAACAGCCAUACUUUUCUUGACGGCGACAUUCAUUCGGUCGUGGACCUUAGGACUGGGAGGCCUCCAAAACAUCACAGCGAUGCCUGUCAACUCCGGAGCCGAGCGCCCAGCCUGCACCCGACGGCACUGCCAGCCCCCAUUUUCAUGGGUGAUGUGUUCUUGGGCUACAUCGUUGCGGGGACAAUAACCACGGCCCUUGCUCCGUACUCCAGGAGUAUCGCCGCGCUGACUCUCAUCUCUUUGGCGACGCUGAUGAACUUCCCAAACCCGCUGAACACCAUGCAGAUUCUGUGGAUCAACAUCAUCAUGGACGGGCCACCCGCACAGAGUUUGGGCGUAGAACCCGUGGACCGCGGCGUGAUCCGGCAGCCUCCUCGGAACAUGAAAGACAGCAUCCUCACACGCAGUCUCAUCAUCAAGGUUCUGGUGUCGGCCUUCAUCAUCGUCUGUGGGACGCUCUUCGUCUUCUGGAGAGAGUUGCAAGACAACGUGAUCACUCCUCGGGACACCACCAUGACUUUCACGUGCUUCGUCUUCUUCGACAUGUUCAACGCGCUCAGCUCUCGCUCGCAGACACGUAUGGUCCACGAGAUGGGUCUGUGCAGCAACAGAAUCUUCUGCUUUGCUGUGCUGGCGUCCAUCAUGGGUCAGCUGCUCGUCAUCUACUUCCCGCCUUUGCAGAGCGUCUUCUAG